AUUUUUAUUAUGAAAUCUUUAGUCCUAUUAUUCUGUUUAUGUACAAUUCUAAUAGCUAGAUAAGUGGGACAGGAAGGAGCAUUCCAUCAUUUAUCCUAGAAACAGUAUAAUCUAUUUUAAUCGAAGUAGCAAUAGGAUAAACGAGGUAGAGGAAUCUAUGAUAUUUGGAGAUGUAAAUACACCUGUUCAAGGAUAACCAGCUUCUACUUAGCCAACUGUAACUAAAACUCCAACGGCAGAUUAAGGUAGGACUGAGUCAAAACCAGAUUAAGGUAAAUUUAAAUUAUAUAAAAAAGGGAAAACAGAUCCUAAAGCUGAUUCAGCUAAUACAGGGGCUAAACCUGAUUAAGGCAAACCAGCCGAUUAAGGAAAACCCCAACCAAAAUAAGAUUAAGGUAAAAAAAAUCUUAUUUUCUUAGGCAAAGCAGACCCAAAAAGUGAUUAAGGUAAGCCUGGGGCUAAACCAGAUUAAGGCAAACCAGCCGAUUAAGGUAAACCUGAACCAAAAUAAGAUUAAGGUAAAAAAUUAAUAGAAUUUUAUUAGGCAAAGCUGAACCAAAAAAUGAUUAAGGUAAACCUGAACCAAAAGCUGAUUAAGGCAAACCAGCUGAUAAAGGAUAAGCUGAACCAAAACAAGAUUAAGGUUAAAUUUCCUAAAUAUAUAUUAGGCAAAGCUGAACCAAAAAGUGAUUAAGGUAAACCUGGAGCUAAACCAGAUUAAGGCAAACCAGCCGAUUAAGGUAAACCUGAACCAAAAUAAGAUUAAGGUAAAAAAUUAAUAGAAUUUUAUUAGGCAAAGCUGAACCAAAAGCUGAUUAAGGCAAACCAACAGAACCAAAAAGUGAUUAAGGUAAACCUGAACCAAAAGCUGAUUAAGGCAAACCAACAGAACCAAAAAGUGAUUAAGGUAAGCCUGAACCAAAAGCUGAUUAAGGCAAACCAACAGAACCAAAAAGUGAUUAAGGUAAGCCUGAACCAAAAGCUGAUUAAGGCAAACCAGCUGAUAAAGGAAAAGCUGAACCAAAACAAGAUUAAGGUUAAAUUUCCUAAAUAUAUAUUAGGCAAAGCUGAACCAAAAAGUGAUUAAGGUAAACCUGAGCCAAAAGCUGAUUCAGGUAAAACUGAACCAAAAGAAUAAGGAAAGCCAGAACCAAAAGGUAACUAGGGUAAGGUUGAACCAAAAUCUGAAAAAGGAAAAGGAGAGAAAAAACCAAAAACUGAAGAAGGCAAAGGAGAAGAAGAAGAGAAAGAAAAAGAAAGUGAGGAUGAAGAAAGCGAAAAAAAUAGUGACAGUGAAGGAGAAGAAGAAGGUUAAGCUGAAGGUGAAGAAAGCGAAUAAGGUGAAGAAAGCGAAUAAGGAGAAGGAGAAGAAGGAGAAGAAGGAGGAGAAGGAGGAGAAGGAGAAGAAGGAGAAGAAGGUGAGUAAGGUGAAGAAGGUGAGGAAGAAGAAACGCCUGCUGAUUUCAAAUAAUGUUUAGAAUGGAAAUGCACUAAUUAAGUGAAUGCCUGUGCAAAGGAUUCAGGUUGUGUGCCUGCUAUGCAAAAUUGCAAAUCUGUUGGAGAAAAUGAGGGUAUUUCAGGGGUAAAAUUUUUUUAAUAAUUCUAGUAUGUCUCAUGUCUAUCUGACAGUAAAACCGCAUCAGAUCUAUAUAAAUGUAUUAAUCAUAAAUGUGAAGAAUACUUGGAAUGAGUUUGAAAAAGAUCCAUUUUAAAAAAUAUAAUAUAUUUCCAAUUUGUU